CAUGGCUUCUGUUCAUAGUUUUGAUCAAUGCAACAGGGACACACUUCAGGAUAAUAAAUAUACAGUCAUAGAAAAUUACAAGUAUUUUUCCGACAUUGUAUACAUGGUUGAUAUAUUUCUUCACUUGUUACACAGACAAGUGGAAGAUGAGGCAAGAAAAAGGGAAUAUUUGCCAAAGGCAGCUAUACCGCUGUUGGUAGACCUUAUAAGUGUUAUUCCGUUCUAUAAGAUGAUUUCAGGAGAGUCGUGUACUCCACCACGACUAUGGCCUGACGUGCUAGCAUUUUCCGAAACUCUUGUCAUUUACAGAGUAGUCGACUAUUUUUCAUUAAAAAAUGUACACUCAAUGUUAACUUUUGUCACCGGUUUCUCUAUCACGUUCUUCCUCGUCGUGAACGCCAUUACGUGUUUUUUACUUCUGUUAACUCUACACGGACUAUGUGACUCGUGUACUCGGAUGACUGCUUACGACUGGCGACGUCCAAUGAGUUAUCGGAAUCCAGAUAUAUUUAAUUCCACUUCCCUCACCUAUAUAUGCCUAAGUAUGUAUAGCACACGAGCAAAAAGGAUGAUAAGUGAAACUGCAAUACGAAACACCUCCCCUGAAGCACAUAUAAAUGUAGAAACUUUCUAUUCUACCAUGUGGGAUAAGCAAAGAGGCAUAAUAUCGAUUCCAAAAAUAAUUCACUAUAUACCAAGAUAUUUAAAAUUGGGGAUUAUACAAGAUCUUUCAUGGGCCGUUUUUUACCAUAGUCCAACAUUUCGAAAGACUUCUUUACCUUACAAGCGAUGGCUUUGCGAACACAUCAUGCUGGAAUACAGAUUGCCUGGAGAACGAUUAUUUUCUGGAUUACAUUGUUAUACAAAACUGUAUUAUUUAAAGUCGGGAGUUGUACAAUUUUUUGCAAUGGACGAUACUUCGGCAGCAAUGUUAUCUGUGUCGGGUGGAACAAUUUUUGGAGAUGUCAGUGCUAUCAUACCGCCGAUUAAUAGAAAGGUGACAGUUCGUUGCCUUACAUACUGCGAAGUAUUUACCGUGACUCGUGCAGUCAUUCUUAUAUCAUUGCAUAAAUUUCCUAACGACCGACGAAAUAUACUACAGUUAGUACGUAAUCGCAUGAAACAUGCGCGAGAUCUAUUUUAUUGUAAACAAGAAAUUAGAGGCACUGAUGUUGUGGUUGAUGAAGGCAUUGACUGGAUCAAGAAACGUUGGUGGCUGGUGGCCAACGCUGUUGCUGCCUAUAAAAGAUCGAAUAAACGCAAACAAUGUGAGAUGCCUCGCGAAGAAACGAAUUAUCAUUGCGUUAAGUACAUCGGUCAAUUAGUUUUGUGCAAAGAAAAUCAAUUGCGAAGGGAAUCAAUGUUUAGUAGAGACAAAUUUCCGUGGUUAUUGUCGUUGAAAUCAAAGUUUAUUACUGUUUGGAAUACGAUCGUUUGUGCGGUAGCUUGGAUAACAUUAUUUGUAUUGCCUCCUGCUAUAGUUAGAAUGGCUACUGAUAAACCUGUGUGGAUCCCAUUUUUCCUGAAAACCGUUGACUUUAUAUAUGCUGUCGACAUAAUUGUUUUAUUGUUUUCUGCUACUGAGGGAGGACAGAAUAUUUCAGAAACAAUUUUUGCCGCUCUAAUUCGGCGUUGCAAGGACAUUUAUUUCAUAUUAGAUUUAUUUGCCACUGCAUGGGUCGAUUAUUUCAUGGCAGGAACUAACCAAUGGUCAUUAAGCGAUAUUGUUAAAUUUAAUCGCUUGUUAAAAACGCACAUACUAUUCCAAACUAGACGUGAUAUUAAAUGGACCCGACACACAGAAAUUAAAUAUCGAAUGUAUUUGUAUAUGCUUGUGGUACAUUGUCUAAUACUAUACGCUUCCGGGUUUUUCAUAUACAUGAUGUCGAUUUUGAUCCCAGAUAUGACACAAGGGAAUUAUUUUCGAAGGCAUUGCUUGGUUUCAAACACCACAAAUUGUUUAUUUAGAGAAUACGGAAUUUUGUCUUUGUCACUUAUUUAUAUGUACACCCUGAAAGUCGAAAGUGGUAUAUUAGUAGCAAAAACUAAAUUAGACUCGUCGUUCGACAUUGUUGGCUCUUUUAUUCUUUUCGUGGUAGCUUUUUACACACAAUCAUAUUGCAUGUCAAUUUUCUACGUAAAAUAUAAACUCACAAUUGAUUACUGUUACUAUGUAACAAUUCUUAAAAGCUACUAUAACAUGUAUAACUUACAUCCAAAAUUAAUGAAACGUUUGGAUAGCUAUUUGGAAUGCCACUGGAAAUAUAUUAAGGGUGCAGACGUUCUGAUGCCGAAGCAGCUAAAUGAAGAACCGUACAAUAUAUACUGGAAUGUUCACGGCGAAGUUGCUGAAAAGAUUAUAAGGGAAUCCGACUUGUUCAAGGAAUCGGAUCCGGUAUUCAUCAGAGAGUUAGCAAAAUUGAGCCAGUUUUUGAUACUACCUAGAAAUAUCAAGUUUAUCAAGUUUGGUGUUCUCGUAAAACAAAUAAACUGGCUUGUGAAAGGUUCUAUGAAAUGUGAAUACAGAAAUGACCUAAGCGAAAUCGUCCAGACUAUAGUUCCAAAGGGGACUGUCCUAUCUGUUACUUCCGUAUUAUUGGGAGGAGCUUCCAUCAGAACAUACACUACCGACAAAGAAUGUGAAAUACUAUUUUUGCCGCAUAAAUUUUUUAUCGAUUGUUUAAAACGCUUUCCCGCUGAAGCUGCAUAUUUUGAAACUUGUGUAAAAGAAUUUAGCCCUAUGUACAAUGAAUUAAUACAAGCGUAUUUACACAAACACAGAGAGGAUCUGAAGAAACUAAGUUACGCUACAUCACGCAGCAGCUCCUUUCAUUCUUAUAUUGGCGUUGUUAAAGAAAGAGUUAUUCCCACGAGCUUUAAAAAUAAUAUAUUCAUAAGACUAUACAAAGAGUACAGAACGAAUCCAGAAUCAAGGUUUGUUGUAACUUGGAUGUACAUAAGAGGAUUCAUUGCACUUGUAUCAAUUCUCUACCAUUGUUUAGACGCUUAUAAAAGUGCUGCAGCGGCACAACUGUGGCAAGGCUACCACAUGUUACGUCUUACUUCACUAAUUGUUACUGCAAAAGUGGAGCACGCUUGUCAUCUGGCACGCUUGUUGAUCGCUAUGCCUUACUAUCAUAAAAAUGGCUUGGUUAUCAGUAAUAUUUGGAAAUGUAUUAUGCGAUAUAUCACUGGAUCCUUAUUAUUGGACAUAAUUAUCAACACAGGACUGCCUGCAAGCUUUUAUCAAUUUUUUAACAAUUAUUACAUAGACAUGACCUCGAUAGUUCUUGUUACUAUAUCUAUCUCAUUCGCUCAGUUAUAUAUACUGAUCGGAAUUUUCGAUUACUUGUCUGAUACAACGAGAGUGAAUUUUGCAUUGAUAACUAUUUAUACCCUGGCCUUUAGUCUAACACAAAACAUGUUAAUGAUAAGGGCAUCUUCUAUUUGGACAAUCGCUGAACAUGAUGUUCUUUAUUAUACUGUUACUUAUGUAACGCUCGGUGGUGCAUAUUGGGUCUUCUACAAUCUGGGCAAAGCGUUACUUAUUCUAAAUUUACGAACAAAUGUUACGUUUCACAACGGUGUAUUUCAACUGAAGGCGUUUUUGAAAUCUGAAAGAGUACCCAAAGAACUUUUGACGAGGGCCAUAGAUUAUUUCGAUUAUUAUUGGAUAAGAACAAAAGGACUGAACGUGGAUGCUAUCAUGAGUAACCGCGUCGGAGUGGUAUUCCGUGAGGAGUUAUGUUAUUUUUUCAAUAAAAAGACACUGGAAAUUGCAGCUUCGUUGUUGGAUGGAGGCAAAAGUUUACAGGGUCAAUUUGCUAAUCUUGCGGUAGACGUGUACUUCUUGGAUAACCAAGAUAUAAUGAGGGAGAUGGACCUAACUCCCAAUGUAUUUAUUGUGAACCGUGGCAAGGUUAACAUUACUAAGGAGGGAAAAAUAUUGGCAUCUCUUACAAAAGGUUCUAUUUUUGGUCAAUUACAUGGGAAUAGCAUUCGACCAACUCGUGUUACUGCAACAGCUGCAGGGCAUACUGACGUAUUGAUGUUAAAAAUCACUGAUUUUCAACAAUUAAUUGAACAUAACACUGAGGUUAAUAAUAAAAUAUGCGCUCAUCCCGAAUCUAAGAACGAUUACUUGUCAACGGCUAAACCUGUUAAAGAAGUUGCUCAGGAGACCAUUGCUUAUAUGCUGCGAGGCUCACACGUAAUUAAAAUACCAAACAAGUAUCUGACUUUUAUAGUAAAGACUACUUUGUUGAUAUUACUGAUACAUACAUUGGCGUGCGGCUGGGUAAUAGUGGUAUGCAGAGGAGUGCCAUACUACAAAAAAAUAUCUGUCCCAGCAGAAUUCUUAGUCGAAUACGAUCCAAAAUGGUAUAGACAUGAUGAUACAGAACAGAUUGGCUGCAUGCAAAGUACAAUUCAAUAUGUUGAUGCAAAUAAUAAUACAAUGACGGGGUUCAUAUUUGUUAAAACCUGGAUUGCAGAUUACACUCUUGCCAUAUAUUUUGUUAUUUGCACUUUGGUGUGGAUUAAUUCUGAUAUAGUCCUGCCUAUCACGAUAGAUGGCGUUAUAUAUAAAAUAAUUGUCACUGCACUUUUACAUGUUGUGCAUCUGUAUAUAGGCGCUAUCGCAAUAAGUAACACCUAUACCAAGUAUAAAGAGAAACAUAAGCACGAUUAUGAAGUGAACAGCCUGCUUACAUACUUAAAAAAUAAUGGAUUGUCGAAUAUUCUCUACAGCGCAUCGAAAAAGAUCCUAAGAAAAUUAUGGGGAAUACAACAAGGAUCUAAGUUGCCUAAGUUAACGGAAUUUGCUCCUCUGUGUCUGCGCGAAGAUUUAAUGGAGUCUCUAUAUAUACAUCACUUGCUCACACCGCCGCUGUUCCAGACAUUUCCACAGUAUUUCUUGCGACAACUAGCCACGAAACUCAAUAGAAUUGUCAUGUUCCCUGGAAAGAGUAUUGUUCAAGUGGGCGAUAUUUAUCCGUGCAUUUUUUUCAUACACGAGGGAGAGGUUGAGCGAUGGAAUACAGACGAACAAAGCGGAGAUUGUCGAAUGACGGCCCUGUUGACUGCAAAUAGUUACUUCGGCCUCAUCCCUGGACUCUUUCCCAAUACACCACAUCAGUUUGCUUACUAUUCGAGAACGAUGGUGGAUUUGGUUUAUUUACAAUUCCACGCCUGGCAAGAUUUAUUAAGUGGCUACCCUGAACUCAAGUUUCAGCUCUAUCGAGAUGCUUUGCACCUGAAAGGGGUAAAUUGAAAUGAGGAAACCAUGAAGGCGUCAUCAACCCUAAAACAUUUAUUCCCUUUGUCAAUUGUUAUUAUUUGACUUUUUUUUCUAGUUAUUUAGUUUGUAAAAUAAUUUAAUGCGAAUCCUGAUGG